AUGUUGCAACGUACGACCUCGCUGUUUGUGCGCCUACCGAAGGCGCGGCGACCCCGCGAAAGGCCGUGGGAAGUAUUUAACACACGUGAUUUUGGUUACAGCGAGGGCUCACAGAAUUACAGCAUGUGGAUUCUCUCGGCUUCAACCUGUGCGGCACUUCUGCUCUUCGAGGUCUAUCAGCAGGCGCGACGCAUCUUAGCGCGCGGUGACACAUGUCCCGCUUGUGAAGCAGCCCGUGAGCACUACAAAAAACGAUUGGAAAUGAAGGAAUUUGAGAUGCAGGAGGGAAUUCGUAGCGGGAGGCCCAUGUAG